UCCCGCCCCCUGCCCCCUCUCACCGCACGCCGCCGCCAUCGCUCCGGCCCUCACGUGACCGAGGAAACCCCACGGUGCUCCCGCCCACCAAUCCCAGUGCGCGAUCUCUCCUGUAUUUGCGUAACCACGCCCUUCGGUUUGGCCCCGCCCACCGCCGCCUGAAGCCGCCUCCAGGCGCUGUUUCCUUCCAGUUCCCUCCCAGUGCUCCCAAUAAAAGCGGCAAUGGCAGGGAAGCGCUCCCAAUUCCUUCCCGCGGCUCUCAGGAUCGCUUCCACUGCCGCGCGGACCGAGGCCGCUAUGGGAACCCCACCCUAGGGCAGAGCACGGCGCCUUUUGGGUGCCGGCACUGCCCGGGCCGGGCUGGGGGCGGAGGAGGAGCGGGAGGAAGAGGCGGGACAGAGAAAGAGGAAAAGGAAGAAGACGAGCAGGAACUGGAGAAAGAGACGGGCAAGGAAGAGCAGCAGCGUCAGCAACAUGACGCGGUUCCCCCGCUCAGGCCGCAGCUCCCCCGGCUCCUGCUGCAUCGCCCACCUCGCCUCCAGAACCCGCAGGAUUUCCCGUUCCUAAACCUUGGCCGGAUGGAGGAAGAGGAGGCUGAGAGGAAGAGGAAGAUGGCCUGGGAGCCCCAGGCAGGCACUGAGCUGAGGGCGGAGACCAGGGAGGAUGAGUCACCACAGCAGAAUCUCGUGGAUGAGGCCAUUUUGAGCAGCUCCACAGCACAGGAAUCUAACGGGGAAGAAAAGUCCUGGAGAUCCCUCACGAGGAGGGGCUGCAAACGCAGAUCACGGGGAUCUGAGGAGGAAAGACCCACCCUGGGCGGGGAAGGUGGCCAGAGCUCAGAGUUGGGGGUCCCCGAGCAGCUUCAGGAUGGGAAGAAGUCCUACAGGUGUGGGGAAUGUGGGAAGAGCUUCAGCCGAAGCUCAGCCCUGAUCCGCCACCAAAGGAUCCACACUGGAGAAAGGCCCCAUGAGUGUGGGCAGUGUGGGAAGAGCUGCAGAGAUAACUUUGACCUGAUCAACCACCAGAGGAGCCACACGGGGGAACGGCCGUAUGAGUGUGGGGAAUGUGGGAAGAGCUUUCAGAGAAGCUCCACUCUUCUGAAGCAUCAGCGGACACACACAGAUGAGAGGCCCUAUGAGUGUCCCAAAUGUGGGAAGAGGUUUCAGACAAGCUCCCAUCUGCUCACACACGAGCGGAUUCACACAGAUGAGAGGCCCUUCCGCUGCCCCGACUGCAUGAAGGGCUUCAAAUAUAACCCCGACCUCAUCAAGCACCGGCGCAUCCACACCGGGGAGAGGCCCUACGAGUGUCCCGAGUGUGGGAAAAGAUUCACCCAGAAGUCGAACCUGAUUGUCCACAAGAGGAUCCACACCGGCGAGAGGCCCUAUGAGUGUGGGCUGUGUGGGAAGAGAUUCAGCCAGAGCUCUGAACUGAUGCUUCACCAGAGGAUCCACACUGGGGAACGGCCUUACGAGUGUCCCGACUGUGGGAAGACCUACAGCCGGAGUGAUCACCUGAUGAUCCACCAGAGGAGCCACACUGGGGAGCGGCCCUACGAGUGUGGGGAGUGUGGGAAGAGGUUUCAAAGCAGCUCAGAUGUCCUCGUACAUCAGCGCAUUCAUACAGAUGAGAGGCCCUUCCGCUGCCCUGACUGCGGGAAGGGCUUCAAGCACAACUCCACCCUGGUCACCCACCAGCGCAUCCACACUGGGGAGAGGCCCUACAAAUGUCCCCAGUGUGGGAAGACCUUCAGCCAGAGCUCAGAGUUGGGGGUCCCCGAGCAGCUUCAGGAUGGGAAGAAGUCCUACAGGUGUGGGGAAUGUGGGAAGAGCUUCAGCCGAAGCUCAGCCCUGAUCCGCCACCAAAGGAUCCACACUGGAGAAAGGCCCCAUGAGUGUGGGCAGUGUGGGAAGAGCUGCAGAGAUAACUUUGACCUGAUCAACCACCAGAGGAGCCACACGGGGGAACGGCCGUAUGAGUGUGGGGAAUGUGGGAAGAGCUUUCAGAGAAGCUCCACUCUUCUGAAGCAUCAGCGGACACACACAGAUGAGAGGCCCUAUGAGUGUCCCAAAUGUGGGAAGAGGUUUCAGACAAGCUCCCAUCUGCUCACACACGAGCGGAUUCACACAGAUGAGAGGCCCUUCCGCUGCCCCGACUGCAUGAAGGGCUUCAAAUAUAACCCCGACCUCAUCAAGCACCGGCGCAUCCACACCGGGGAGAGGCCCUACGAGUGUCCCGAGUGUGGGAAAAGAUUCACCCAGAAGUCGAACCUGAUUGUCCACAAGAGGAUCCACACCGGCGAGAGGCCCUAUGAGUGUGGGCUGUGUGGGAAGAGAUUCAGCCAGAGCUCUGAACUGAUGCUUCACCAGAGGAUCCACACUGGGGAACGGCCUUACGAGUGUCCCGACUGUGGGAAGACCUACAGCCGGAGUGAUCACCUGAUGAUCCACCAGAGGAGCCACACUGGGGAGCGGCCCUACGAGUGUGGGGAGUGUGGGAAGAGGUUUCAAAGCAGCUCAGAUGUCCUCGUACAUCAGCGCAUUCAUACAGAUGAGAGGCCCUUCCGCUGCCCUGACUGCGGGAAGGGCUUCAAGCACAACUCCACCCUGGUCACCCACCAGCGCAUCCACACUGGGGAGAGGCCCUACAAAUGUCCCCAGUGUGGGAAGACCUUCAGCCAGAGGUCAGCUUUGACCCAACACGAAUGGAGGCACCACUCGGAAAGCCCUGUGAGUGCCCCAAGUGUGCCCCAAGUGUGCACUGCUACAGUUCCCCAAGUGUGCACUGCUGCAGUUCCCCAGGUGUGCACUGUUACAGUUCCAUACCCUGUGGCAGUGUUUGUGCUGCAUGCUGUCCAGUGGGCAGAGCCUCAGUGAUCUGUGGUGCUGGUAAGCUGUGUUGGGAAGACACCUGGCUGGGGGCUCUACCUCUUAAUGGCUCCAUGUAGCCUUGAUUAUCUUUUAAUUUCUCUCUGUCCUUUCAAAACACCCCAAACCAGGAUAAAAAUAAAAACAUUGAACUAAGACAA